GUUCUCCGGAAGCGGAUGUGACGCGCGCCAGCUGCCGGGCAGCUGCGAGGGAGGCCGCGCGGCGGUGGCAGCUCGCGCAGCCAUGGAGGCGCGGGAGGCGCUGCAGGAGCUGCGCGCGGCGCUGCGCGCGGUGUUGGCGCGGGUCAGAGAGGGCGAACCGGGCGAAGGCCGCGAGCCGUUCGAGCCUCCGCGCUUCUGGGACGCGCUAGGUCGGACAUUCAAAGAAGCAUCACAAGAAGCUACAAAGCUCAGUCUGGCUUUCUCAAGGUCUCCACUGCCUUCUGCAGAGAAUUGUCAGAAGCUGAGCGAAGAUGUCCAAAAUGCCAUUCUUGCAGUUGCCACAGUGUACUACUGGCUCCCCAAGGGCCAAGGUACUACUCUUCGGAAGAUGGUACGAGAUGCUACCACUGAAGUAGUGGAAGGAAUGAUCCAACUCACAGAAACUAUUCUCAUUUCUCCAUUGGAGAGCUUGUCUCAGGAACAGCUUAUAUCAACUGGUGGUGUGUGGGAAGCAUGCGAGCAAGUGUCCAGCCUGCCACGAAAUAACCAGGCAGCAGUUGUGUCAGCUCUGGCUGCCUGUCUGAGUGUGGUCAAGGAUGCUCUGGAGGAGAUGGAAAAUAUCGUAUUUUACCUUUCCUCCUGGGUAUUGCUGGAAUGGAUGUUAGGUUCUGAGUUGUCAGAGUAUCUGUAUUCUCAGGCCCUGGUGGAAGGGCAAGACCCCUACAGUGAUAUCACGGAAGAUGAAGAGCUUGGCUUUCGGGGCAACAGAGAUACCUAUUGGUCAGAAGCUGACCGGAAACUGCUUAGCUCCUGCAUGGGAUUAAUAAAGGCUUCCAAAGCUUGCCUGAAGAAGGUCUUGAGUGUAGUGAAGGCUUAUGGCAAAGCUGAAUCUCCAGAGCAGAUUGCUCAGCUGGAUGACCUUGCAGACAUUGCUAAUGAGAUCAGUCCAAGUGUUGAUGAGUUGGCACUGAGCAUGUAUCCACCUGUGAACCAGUUGGCCGUGCGACUCAACGCUGCUAAGUUGGCCUCAGUGUUAAAGAAAGUCUUAGAGAUUACAAAGACAAGCCAUGUCUGUCCACCAUCAGAGGAAGGCUGGGUGCAGUUUCUGAUUGGUGCAGUAGAUCACAACAUGGACAAAAUCAAGAACUUCACACAGGGUGAACUUUAGCUCUUCUGUGUCCACAUGUGUAGCUGCUACUGGCCCUGAUGUAUGCUCUUCCAGGGAAUCUGGCCAUUCUCCAGCUACGGGGAGAAUGAUGAGGACAGUGCUUUUAAGAGAGAACUUCGAUGCCACCUGGCAAAACUCACAAAAAAUCACCCUUUGCAAUUGCAGGUGGUGUCAUUUUGCUUGGACUCUUGGGAUGGUGCAGUGCUGAAUCUUACUGUUGUGAAUGUGCCCAGUUUUUCAGACAUUACAACUGCCGUGGGGUUCAAAGAACAAUAAAAUGCUGCUAGAUUUGCGUGGUUAGCUGCAUCUGUUUUCAGGUGGCAGAGAAUAUACAUAGAAGAAUAGGAUCUUGCUGCUUUUGCAAGCCAAAUGAGCCAUUAAAAAAUACAAUGC